UUCAUGCAAACUUAACACAAACUCUCAAUACUUACCAAGAUAUAAGGGUUAUUAUUUUUUGUUGCCUCACUAAAUACCACUUAAGGAUGCAGGUACAUUUUUUAUAUGACAUUAUUUAUUUUUUUCCUUAACACUAUUCUGCCGGUAACGGAACUAAUACAUCACCAUUACUUCUUCCUUCUUCACUUUGCUAACUGGCUACAUAGUGGUACCGUCCACUAUAAUAAAACGGGUAGACAUCAUGUAUGGGAUCUAUAUACUAGUGAAAAUACAUGAUGCACACUUCAACUCCUGGUGGGUGAUGAAAUAAUUGCACGGUGCAAUUUCUGGCGUGGUAAUGAAUGAAUGAAUGAAUGAAUUUUUAUUAUGGGUGCUAUUUUUACUAAAUUUAACUACAGAACUUCUCCUGUUAUAAUAAUUGAAAAUAUUGAUAGGGAUAUAAGCAAACUUAAUGAAAUAUGUUAUCUUAACACUAUAAAAUUAAAAAAAUAUAAUAGAAAACUAUUAGUGUUUUCUUCUCUUGCCAUGAUAAUUGGCUUAAUUGGAUUUAAAAUAUAUUUACCAUCAAGUUGGAAAGCAAGAUUUUUUUUUAGUUGCAUAUUAGUUAUAAUCCCAUUGAUGUGUGUUUUUAUAUUUAAAAUCUGUAUUAAAUUUUAUUUAAGGGCCUGGUUUCUAAGAAAUAUUCUAAAAUUAUAUUAUAGAUUUUGUAAAACAAAUUCAGAUAUUAAAAUAAAACAACUUAUCAAAAAAAGGAACAAUAUUAUUGAUAAUAUUAAAAAAACAGAAACAUAUGAAAAUGCCCUUGAAAUUUUGGAAAAAAUUGAUUAUAAGCAUAAUAUUAACAAACAUGAGAAUACAAGUUUUUAUGAAAUGGAGGAUAGUAAUUUAACAUCAAGAUUCUAUGUCAAAACUAUAUUAAAUAAUUUAAAAAAUAUAUAUUUUUUUAUUUAUAAAUUAGUAUUUUCUAUUACAUAUGAAGAAAUCUCAACAAUACAACAAAAUGAUUCUAAUUCCUUAAAGCAUGAUCCUUACUGUCCUAUAUAUAAUCAAGAUAUAACUCCAAAAAAUAUUGAGUCUAAACCCCAUAAAAAUAUUCAUAAACCUCAUAAAAAUAUGCAACUUAAACCACCAAAAAAUAUUCAACUUAAACCACCAAAAAAUAUUCAACCUAAACCUCAAAUAAGUAUUCAACCUGAACCAUCCAAAAAUAUUCAACAUAAACCUUACAAAAAUAUUCAUCUUUACCCUCAAAAAAAUAUUCAAAUUAAACCUCACAAAAAUAUACAAUCUAAAACUUCAAACAAUAUUCCUUAUAAAGCUCCAAACAAUGUCCCUUAUAAAGCUCCAAACAAUAAUCCUUAUAAAGCUAUAAACAAUGCUCAACAUAAAUCAUUAGACUUUUUUCAUCAUAAUACUUUAUUUCCAAUAACACCAAUUUCUGCUAUAUUCACACAAAGUGUAACCUAUGAAUUUAAUAAUAAUGAAAAAUUAAAAUUUGAACAAUCUAAACAAAUUAUAUAUAGAGAUGGGAAUCCUGGAUUUAGAUUGCCAUUAAAUAGUUCCAAACAUUUGGCCAAUAAAGGGGAGUAUGAAAAGUUAGACUUCAAAAGUGCAUAUUGCAAUUUUAACAGUGCCGAAAAGAUUAAACCCAAAAAACCACCUUCAGGCAAAUAUUUUUCAAAUCAAAAACAUUUGCAAGUGCCCUUUAAAAAUGUCCAUGACAAAAAUUGCUUAAAGGAGCCAACUAAUAUCGUGAAGAUAUCAGGAAGCAAAAAGAAGUAAGCUGUUCAAUGAAUGCAGAUCCGCUCAAAGACUCAACUGCAUAUUGAUUUGAACAAGAUAUGAUUGGUGAUUGUCAUUAGCAUACUGAGCAGAUAAAAAAGAUUUGUUAAAAAAGAAAUAUUAGUAUGAAAAAUGUGAUAACUUUUAUUAAUCGCAUUUUAUUAUUUUUAUUUAUUAUAUUCUUUUAUAUUUUGUUCAAUUUUUUUUUACAAUAAUAGAGCUUUGUACUUUAUAAUUUUAAAAAAUUUUUUACUUUGAUAAUCUCAUUUUAAUUUAUUUUUGAUAAUUUUAUUUAAUCAUAUUGAUUGGAAAUAUAAAUAUAUUUUAAUAAUAUAGAUGGCAGUAGAUAUUUAUAGUUCUUAAUUUUGUUAUAUUUAUAAUAAAAAAAACAAGAUUAUCCUACCAUUAUUAUAAAUGAAUACAUUAAUUUAUUUUUUAUCCCAUAUUAGCAUUUUUUAAAGUUUUAUUUUAAAAAAUUUUAUAUAACAUUUUGUUAAUAAAAUUAAAAAACUAUAAUUGUGGUACAAGUCAGUUUAUAUAUAGCCAAAGUAACAUGUAUAUAUUUUUUUUAUCUACAAGAACUUCGCGAAAUUAUUAUUAUUAUCAUUACGAAUUUUUGACUUUAUUUUCAAAAGCUUCAUGUUUUUGAAAUGUUUUAUAU